UCAAUAUAUUUAUCCUCUCUAAAGUUUUAUUACUAAUAUCUAUAGGUUCCUACUCAAAUUGAAGAAUUAUGUCCGUAAUAAAAGUCGUCCUGAGGGAUCUAUUGCAGAAGGGUAUUUAGCAAACGAAUGUUUGACAUUUUGUUCAAGAUACUUGAAUGACAAUGUUCGAACAAAAUUCAAUAACCCAACAAAGAAUCUUGACGGUCCAAUAGGGAAUGGGGUGAUGAUAAGCCUGGAUCCUCUUAUGUGGGAGCAAUCUCAUUGUUAUGUAUUGUUCAAUUGUAAUAUCACCGCUCCAUAUAUCAAACAACAUGAGGAGAUUGUUUUUAGUAAUGCUCAUACUAGCCUUGGAGAUAAAUGGGACAAGACAAAAGACCAUUGUCUUACUUUUACUGAAUGGUUUGAAGAUUUUUCUAGGAAUUCAUCUGUUAGUAAAGAGUUGAAGUGGUUGUCUAGAGGGCCAAAUGUUGCUGCAAGAAGAUUUUCUGCUUAUGUGAUAAAUGGUUAUAAGUUUAUGACUGAAGAUUGUGAGAGAAAAAUACAAAAUACUAGAGUUAUGGUUAUUUCAUCCACUCUCAAGUUUAGAAAUGAGAAAGAUGAGGAUCCAGAAGUAGAAAAUGUCACUUAUUAUGGAGUUCUAAAAGUUAUACUUGAGUUAGAUUAUCAUGGGCAUUCUAAAUAUGUGAUAUUUAAGUGCGAUUGGUUUCAAAGUAAAAAAGACAACUUUGGGUUAACACUGGUAAAUUUUAGAAAUCCAAUUUAUGAAAAUGAUCCAUUCGUAUUUGCAACUCAAGUGAGACAAGUUUAUUACAUAGAAGAUCCACUGAUACUUGGCAUGUUGUUACCAACACCAUUCCAAGGGAUUUGUUUGAUAUAUACGGUGACUUAGAUAAUGAUGACAUAGAAAAGUUCAAGGAUGG